AAUCGCAGUUCCCAAACACGUAAAAACGCGACUGCUCUCCUUAUAAUCAACUGUUCACUGCUUCAUGUAAGCAGUGGAAGCAUUCGUCCUCGAGGCAUGGAUCAAAGGUGAACGGUGCCAAGACCACUGUCAGCACAAGCUUUGUCCCGCCUUACAUCUUCCCUUUCGUCGAGUCUGCCAAGCGAUCUGCAAUCUGCAAUCAUGGCGAGAAAUCCAUUCAGAUUUGGGACGGAUACCUGGGACCCGACCCAUCGAUUCGAAACCUCGUGGCUGCUGUCACCCUGGUUGCUCUUCCUCUGCCGAGCGCUGAUUUCGCUCUAUGUCUUCACAACUCUCGUCUUCGUCCUAGCAUGGCAGUGUGCCAAUGCUGCGACGGGCUGCUACGCUUCGCAGAGUCAGUUCAGCUACUUCACGAGCCUGACCUACUGGGGUCUCGGUUUCUACUUCCUCGUCGCCGCGAUUCACACCUUCACCUACGCGCGUUCGGGCGUCCCGCUCCUCGACCGAUUCCCGCGCCUGCUCCAGGCGCUUCAUUCGGCCUUUUACACCACCAUCGUCGUGUACCCCUUCAUCGUCACCAUCGUGUACUGGGGCCGUCUGUACUCGGGAGCAUGGUUUUCCGAGAUAUUUGCCGGCUGGAGCAACGUGUCGCAGCACCUGCUCAAUAGCGUAUUCGCGCUCUUCGAGAUUGUCGUGCCGCGAACGGACGUGCCGCCGCCGAUCCACAUGGCCUGGCUGAUCUUGGUGCUGGCCUUGUAUUUGGCGCUCGCAUAUGUCACCAAGGCCUCCAGGAACUUCUACCCGUACGAUUUCCUGGACCCCAGCACCCAGGGCGGGCUCGUGGCGGCUUAUGUCUUCGGCAUCGCUGUCGGUUGCCUGAUUAUUUUUGGCCUGGCGUGGGGUGCUAUCUGGCUUCGCAAGUAUGUCACCGAGAGAAAGCUCGGAAAGGAGGGUAAGUUUGCGACGAGGACCGAGAGAGCUGCCACAGCGAAAGAUUCGGAGUUGGGAAAGCUGCAGGAGACGACAAUGGCCUAGGAGCGUGUUCCUCGAGUUCUGCCGUUUGGGUCAGUUUCAUGCUUUGUUCUCGGUCCUGGCAAAGUUGGCGUUAGGGAAUUAUCUCGUUGUAUCGUGGGAGGAUAUACCCUAUGUUAGAGCGCGGUUGGCUUGUCCACAUCUCUUGUCUUGUGUGUCACACCAACACAAGGCGACAGUGUGCACCUCGGAUCUCGACUCGAGGUUUCAUGGGCCUAAUAUUGGAUACUAGUACUUACACCAAAUAUGAGUGGUUAAGACAUUUGAAGGCGGAUUGGCUACGGCCGUGGUACCGGACGCCAGGCGCACUGGUGACGGAUGUUGUAUC